UGUGUGUGUUGUUGAGGCGCGCUCUCUCUGUUUACCGGGCGGUACUGUGGCCGGCGAGCGCCUCGCACUCACGUGUGUAUCGCGAAAUCGAGUUUUCCAGCGGCUGCAUUAGCAAUCUAUGGUGUUUUUCAAUAGUUUAUUGGUGUUAAUUCGUGCUCGGCGUUAAUAUAGCAUUGCAGGGUCCACCGGAUAGAUCGAGCGAAUCUAUAUCGGUCUCGCUCAUAAAAAUUAUAGGUGUUUUCGGCGAAUGCGAUGAAUAAAUUUUGCAAAUCGAGUCUGUGUGUCGAAAAGGUUCGUGAGAGCUAUGUUUUGAUCGGUCGGCGUGUUGUGGCUGUGCCGGGCGUUGCGGAUGCUUUCCGUCUCGCGUUCCUUCUACCGGUAUCAGUGGAAUUGCGACAGUGCUGUCUGUUAUCAACCCUGAGGGUACCCACUCUUGAAGACGGAACUGGCUACGAGAGCUUGAUCCAGAUGCUUCAUGCUGUGCCUGGCACGUGUUAAGAUCGCGUAACUUUGUUACCAACGUUACCUCCCCGUGAAGACUUCUAAUCGGACUCGAGUGCCAUCGGGAACCAGCUUACCACAAUCAGUGAUAUUUAGCAUUAGGACAUAGUGAUAGUGCGUAAUCGUGAUAUAGACUUAGUGUUAAUUCGUUGACCGAUAGUUUUAGUGUGAAACGUAACCAAAAAGAAGCGAAACUGGCUCCUUACAAGGAUAUAAUGAAUUCGUCGAGCAUAAGCUCAGCUGUGCCGACGAUUAAAUGUGAGGACACUUCCCCGUCGCCUACGGCUGCAGUGGGCACGGACGGAGAGUCGGGAGCGUAUUUGAGCGUGAACGUCAACCUCAGCGCGACCAUGAUGAACUUUCUCGCGGCAGAGGGCGGCGGGACCACGACGCUGCGGACACCUGAGAUUGUUAACGAUGUCAUCACCAUGACAAAUCCUCUAGACCAGUACCAUUACGACAAAAGUUCUAGUUUAAAGAACGGGAUCUGUCAAGACUCCAACUCCUCUAUGUCUAACAGUUCUUCUGCAACAUCGCCAGCUUCAGGCACUCCACCUAGCAUACAAAAGACGUGUUCGGAAUUAAUAAAGGCUGGUUUAAAGUUGUCAAUAGAGUCGAAGAGGAAAAUGUCAGGCAGCGACACAGAUGGAGGAUUCAAACGGCUCAAGAAAGAAGAAAGUGAUGAUGACUACGACAGUAGCCAUACGCAGGCACCCAAAAACGAAUUAACUCCCGAAGACGAAGAACGCAGACGUCGCAGAAGGGAAAGGAAUAAAAUAGCAGCUACGAAAUGCAGAAUGAAGAAAAGGGAAAGAACUGUCAACUUGGUGAAUGAAAGUGAAGUCCUCGAGAACCAGAAUAUUGACCUUAAAGCACAACUUAAGGAUCUCGAAGUCCAAAAAAGGCAAUUGAUUGACAUGUUAGCGCUGCACGCUGCUUCGUGUGUCAAGAACAAUUCAAACGCGAGGACGUCGCCUACAACACCCUACAACAUGAUCCGAACAUUCGAAUCGCCGCCAUUCCCCGUCUCAUUCGACACUCACUCCCCGUACAUACGUCCGGAGUCUGCAAACAUACUUGCUUCUAGCUACACAUGUGCCACUCCCAUCAAUGGUGAUUCCAUAGAUACCAUAACGUCGCUCGAACCGACGUAUUUGUCUCCACAAACCAUAGACGUCGAGUACAACAGGCCCGAUAGCGUCCUCAGUCUUCCAACAAACUCUGACGCGAAUUACAUAACCACAGAUGGCUAUUUGCCGAAAGCCACUACAAUUUUGGGUCCGAUUGAAACAGAAGCGGAAUACUACGAAUCGGAACUAACUUAUGUGUCCGCCCCUCAACAAUGCCAUAGUUAUCCCGGCAAUAUUCAAGACUCCCAAACGAAAAUAAGUAACAGUCUCAACGACGGAUGUCUCGUCUAGUGGUGGGCAAUACAGUAUAUGGUCCAAAAUUAAUUUCGCAAGUAUAUGUCUAGUUUAGACAGUGAAUUAAAAAAAAGUUUAAUCCCAAUUUACUUCGCAUUCUGUUGAAUAAUGUUUCGUUAUAUUAUAUAUAGAUAGUUUUAA